AUGAAACUCAACAUCUUUGCAGCAAUCUUCAUGGUGUCCAUAUCACUUAAACAAGUUUUUGGUUCAAUGACUCACGAACAAGGAAUUCUAUUGACUGAUGAGGGCUUGGUCAACCCGCUAGACCCCACCAUAGAGACGCUGGAGUUUGAUGGAUGUCCUGGGUGUCACGAGCAAGGAAAGGCACACACCUGUGGAAAGUAG